UGAAAUUUUAAGCUAUUUCUAAGUUAAAAUACUAGCAAUUUGCUAACUCCUUGAGUGUUCCAAAGCAAUGAGUUAUGCAUUGCAGGGUUAAACCAAUAUUGUAAUUCCGAUUUCCGCAAACUGUUUAAAAAUGCAUAAAGCCGUGAUUGACACGCCCAAUCAAUGGACAGCAAUUAGGAUCAAUUACCAUGCGAAAGACUGAGCAAGUGAGAGCGGCCUUGGGCGAACUACCGGCAAUUGAGCAAUUGCCAAUUUUCCAGUUUAACAGUUGGAUUUGAGCAACAUGAUGGGACGCUUGACAUUCUGGCUUGUCUUAAGUCUAAGACUAGCAUUGGUGAUAGGAGCAGAACUUAGGAUAAGUGAGUAUUAAAGCAUUCGGAGCAUUAAUAAUUAAAACUGUUACUCUCCGCUUUAGCCUUUUGGAUUGAGCCAGUGCAGCGCGCGGAGUUUGAAACGGAUAUGGCUGCAGUGCAAAAGGAGUUGGACGCCAUGCAUUUGGACACAGUCAUAGCAGAUUCAGUGCUGGUACUAGAUCCAAAUGAUGAAGCGCAAAAUAUGCAGAACUGUAAGCGAAAAGUAAUAGCCUCAAAUACUGUAAGUGAGAUAAACUGAUGAGUGUCUUUGCUCUUUGUUGCAGUUUGUGAAAUCCUAAACAGCAUUGGCUGCGCCUUGGUGCUGGACUUUAGCUAUAGUACCUGGCCAGCUGGUUAUCGUCUAACGCAGGCGCAGGGCAUUGGCUAUAUACGCGUGGAUCGCUUGCUGCGUUCGUAUCUCGAAAUGUUUGGCGUCUUUAUGCGUCAGAAGCGUGCCAACAAUGUGGCCAUGAUCUUUCAAAAUCCUCGUGAUCUAAGAGAGGCAGUACACCAUCUGCUUCAGGGUUAUGUCUUUCGCACGCUGCUCCUGGACGCCAGCAGUAAGGAGGUGGACUUUGUGGAGCGUCUUGCCGCACUGCGUCCGUCGCCUACCUAUUAUGCCAUCUUUGCACGCGGCUCGGCCAUGAACAACAUAUUUGAGCGAGUGAGUAUGCAUUGCUCUCUGUCUUCAGCGCAACACUCACAGUUGUUUAUCCUUUUGCAGCUGCAACGGGGCAGGCUAUUCCAGCGUCCGAGGGAGUGGCAUUUUGUCUUCUUGGAUACUAGAGAGCGAGUGUUCAAGUAUAAGCGACAGGCGCAGUAUGCAACCCGCUUCACGCUCAACGCACGCGCCAUUUGUCGCUCAAUGCAGAUGCGGGAUCUUUACUGUGGCAGCGGCUUUACUUUACAACGCGCUUUGUUGCUGGAUGUGCUACGCAGCUUGAUAGAUGCAGCGCAAGUAAGUCCCGAGUUUCCGGGAGGAACUUUCUUGGAAUGCAAUGGCACAGAAAGCAAUACGCAGGAUGAUGAUUCAGCUGAACUAUAUGUCCAGUGGCUAAACAAUGUGCACUGGAGUAACUUUGUGGAGCAGCAAAUGCAGACGCAACAGCUGGAGCAAGGCCAGGAACCAAUAGAGAUACCUUUCCUCAACUUUGUUGCCAACAUCUCGGCAGGAUACUAUUCCAACGAACACGAGGCGAAGACAGACUUGGCCAUGUGGGGUGCCAGAGAGCUGCGACUGCUAAACGAGACUAUAAGUCCUGCGCGUCGCUUCUUUCGCAUUGGGACGGCGGAGAGCGUGCCUUGGAGCUAUUUUCGCCGCAAGCCUAAUACCGGUGAACUGGUGCUAAAUCGUCAGGGCAAACCCGUUUGGGAGGGCUACUGCAUAGACUUUAUGAAGCGACUCUCUGAGAAGCUGAACUUUGACUACGAGAUUGUGGCGCCACAGAAAGGACACAUGGGCGAGCGUAACGAGCUGGGCGAAUGGGAUGGCGUCAUUGGUGAUCUGGUGAGCGGUGAAACGGACAUUGCCAUCGCUGCGCUCAAAAUGUAUUCGGAACGUGAGGAGGUUGUGGACUUCUUGCCGCCGUACUAUGAACAAACGGGCAUUUCGAUUGUCAUGCGUAAGCCCAUGCGACGCACCUCGCUCUUUAAAUUCAUGACCGUGUUGCGCGUGGAGGUUUGGCUCAGCAUUGUUGCCGCUUUGAUUGGCACGGCAUUUAUGAUCUGGUUCAUGGACAAAUAUUCACCAUAUAGCUCACGCAACAAUCGUGAUGCUUAUCCCUAUGAAUGUCGUGAGUUCACUCUGCGCGAGAGCUUCUGGUUUGCCUUGACUUCGUUUACGCCGCAAGGUGGCGGUGAGGCACCCAAAGCUGUUUCUGGACGUCUACUCGUUGCUGCCUAUUGGCUUUUUGUGGUGCUCAUGCUGGCCACAUUUACCGCCAACUUCGCUGCCUUCCUGACUGUGGAACGCAUGCAAACACCUGUGCAGUCGUUGGAUCAGCUGGCGCGCCAAUCUCGCAUCAAUUAUACCGUUAUAAAAGGCUCUGAUACGCAUCAGUAUUUUAUGAAUAUGAAAUUCGCCGAGGAUACGCUCUAUCGCAUGUGGAAGGAACUGGCUCUAAAUGCGUCCAAGGAUUUUAGUCGCUUUCGCAUUUGGGAUUAUCCUAUUAAGGAGCAAUAUGGACAUAUACUGCUGGCCAUUAACAACUCCCAGCCAGUUCAUGAUGCUCGCGAAGGAUUUGCCAAUGUGGAUGCGCAUGGCAAUGCGGAUUAUGCCUUCAUACACGACUCGGCGGAAAUUAAAUAUGAAGUCACACUCAAUUGUAAUCUAACCGAAGUGGGUGAAGUGUUUGCCGAGCAGCCCUACGCGGUUGCUGUGCAACAGGGGAGUCAUCUGGGCGACGAGAUAAGCUUUUCCAUACUGGAGUUGCAAAAAGAACGUUUCUUCGAGCAGUUAAAAGGCAAGUAUUGGAAUCAGUCGCGUCUACAUAGUUGCCCUCUCUCCGAAGAUCAGGAAGGCAUAACGCUGGAAAGUUUGGGCGGCGUUUUCAUAGCCACACUUUUUGGUCUCAUAUUGGCCAUGGUUACGCUUGCUUUUGAGGUCAUGUACUAUCAGAAGAAGCAAAAGGCUCUGAACCUUAUAACAAAAGUCCAGCCGUUUCCUGCAGACGCUGAUACGCUCAGCAAGCUGGUCUGGCUCCAGACCGCCAAGCGUACCGCUCAGGAAAAGGCCAAAGACAAAAAGGUAACACCACCGCCUUCAUUUGAUGCAGCCACAUUGCGGGGCAAACAAGCGCCCCCUGCGAGCAUUGUAUUGGGCGAUGGUACAUUCAAACCACGUCAGGGAUUGUUGUCACGUCGGGCUCGCGACGCGAAUCAGCCAAAUGUCGGCUACAUGGAGUGAAGCGUAUUCACAACGAAGCUUGUGCUAUUGUCUCUUUCACUAUUGUGCACCUAGUAGAGCUUUUAGCACCGACCGCUGCGUAAACUAAGCAGCAGCACAGUUCUGAAAACAAAAGGAAAUAAUUUUUUUUAAAUCGAAGAUUA